UUUCAGCUCGGAAAUGCCCCUCUGUUAUCUGUGGUGCCUCCGCCUAUCAAAACAAGCCGAAGCUCGUUUCAUGGAGAGCUCAGCGCUCAUUUUGUGGAAACACAGUUACUGAGACGGUUUAAAUCAGCGAUGGCUUUGAGGGUCUUAAAGACUGCGCUGAGUCUAAGAUCUCUCUGCAGAUUGCAAAAGAUGCAAGCACACUUGAUGUCCAGUAACGCAGGUGCAGAGGUUUUGUUGGAGAGAGUGGGGAAUGCAGGUGUGAUCACACUGAACAGGCCCAAAAUUCUCAACGCACUGUCCUUCCCCAUGAUCAGACAAAUCUACCCUCAGCUGAAGAAAUGGGAGAAAGAUUCAGAGACAGAUAUUGUGAUCAUCAAGGGUGCUGGAGACAAAGCUUUCUGUGCCGGAGGGGACAUUCGAUCUAUCUCAGACGCUGGGAAAGUAGGAGAUCCUUUAACACAAGACUUCUUCCGUGAGGAAUACACUCUGAACAAUGCCAUAGGUACCUUUAAGAAACCAUACGUGGCCCUCAUCAAUGGAAUUACAAUGGGAGCUGGUUUUGGCCUUUCGGUCCAUGGGCGGUUCCGUGUGGCCACCGAGAAGACGUUGUUCGCCAUGCCAGAGACGGCUAUUGGGUUAUUCCCUGACGUCGGAGGUGGCUACUUCCUCCCGAGGCUCCAGGGAAAGCUGGGGCUGUUUCUGGCCCUGACUGGAUUCCGGCUCAGAGGCCGAGACGUCCAAAGGGCAGGGGUGGCCACACACUUCGUGGAGUCAGAGAAGCUUAGUGCCCUUGAGAAGGACCUGGUGGAACUGAAGUCUCCCUCAGUCGGUGACGUGGCUCAAGUCCUGAACACCUAUCAGGAGCAGAGCACCCUGGAUGCAGAGAAGCCGUUUGCCCUGCAGCAGCACACAGAAGCCAUUGAUAGGCUCUUCAAGGCCAGCAGUGUGGAGGAGAUCCUGGAGAACCUCCAGAAGGACGGCUCUGAUUUUGCACAGAAGCAGGCCGAGACUUUGGCUAAGAUGUCUCCAACCUCGUUGAAGCUGGCCUUCAGACAGAUGCAGAUGGGAGCCAGUAUGAGCCUUCAGGAAGUUUUAGUGAUGGAGUACAGGCUCUCCCAGGCCUGUAUGAGAGGACAUGACUUCUACGAGGGGGUGAGGGCAGUGAUAAUUGAUAAGGACCAGAAUCCUAAGUGGAAGCCCUCGACCCUGGCUGAAGUCACUGAGCAGUUGGUGGAAGAAAGCUUCAGAUCUCUGGGAGAGAGAGAACUCAGACUGUGAAAACUACACCAGAAAAAACAGCCUUUUAAAGUCCCUUUAUGGUCCAUGAAUUUAUGAAGAAAUCAAAGCAGUCAUAUUUUUGUAGAGUAAAAAAAGAGCUGAUAUGAGCAAUAAAUGUCAAACACACAGAGCUACAGAACAGCCCCUCUGAGACGAUGAGCAGAUAUGCUGAGCCAGUGUUUAAAAAAUAAUGCUGAUUUCCCGAAGUAUCUGAGGAUUGUGGAACUUCAUAGGUCUUGUCUUUUCUCCUUGCUAGUAUAUACGGGACAAUAGAAAGCUAAAGUUCUAGCAAUGGGCUCUUUCUCUUUCAUACUGUGUCCUCUUAGCAAGGCAAUUUGGUAAUGAGCCACUGUCAUUUUCCACAGCCCAAAGUUUAUUUCUGGGAAAAGCAGCACUAACACGACCGAACUGUGGUUUAUAUCCAUAAAAACAAAUUUACCCGUGACGUGUGUAAAUAUUUGUCUUCCAUAAUGAGUGAAAUUAACCAUGAAGCAGUUGGAUUAAAUAACCACAAUGCUGGAACAUUAAAUAAACAACUGGCUAUUUAUUACACUGUAUUUACACAAACAGCCGAGUGUUACCCAGUAGUUUUAAUAGAAAAUAUGAACAAAAAUGCCUUAAAUAAACGCCUUCAUGGGUUUGAACUGA